AUGCCUGAUCAGGACAAAAAGUUGAAGAGCACAGCAAAAGCAAUAAAACAAAAGCCUUCUGGGAUCUCUAUGAGGGAUUAUUCUGAUCUAAAAAGGCUUCAGUCUCUCUUAAGUGUUCAGUCAAGGAACCAACAGCUUCCAGCUAGAUAUAUUGAAAGUGGUCAAACUAGUGUGACAAGAACUUGGCAAAAUGUCAAAAGCGAUGAACAGCAGUCCAAUGGUCAAUGCCAAGCAUCAACAGAAGCUGUUGAGCUUGAGAAAUUUAGUGUGACCUACAAGAAUGAGAGAAAUUUUAGCAAGAUCAGAGCAGUGGCCAGGCAAUGGGUUACUCAAGCUCUGUGCAUGCAUUUUCUUAGAUUAUUAUUCUGCCUGAGAUUAUUAAUAAGAGAUCCAUGCUACCAGGAAAUGCUCCACAGCCUGGGUGGAAUUGAAAAUCUAGGUCAAUAUAUGGAAACAGUAGCAAAUCGUUAUCUUAAUUACAAGGAAGAGCAGCGCAAUGCAGACAAGUUGGUCAACAUGACAUGUAUUUUCCAAAACCUUGCUGCUGUUAGAAAUCAAAGAGAAUGACUUAUAGCAAGUGGAGCACAUAAAACCUUGGUAAAUUUAUUAUCUGCCAGAGACAGUUAUGUGUUUUUUGGUGCCCUCCUUGCUCCUACUAGCUUAGUAGAAUGUCCAGAAUGUAGAGAGGAGAUAAGUGAGAUUGUUGAGAACUUGCUGGUGAUAUUACAUGGAUAUGAUUUUCUCUCUAACGGGUUCAGAAUAGAGUUGCUAUGACUCCUUUGUGCAGAGUCAUGAGUCAAAGAGCAAAUAAAAAUGUACAAAGGAAUUCCAGUCUUGCUCAGUUUGCUCCAUUCUGAUCGCAUCAAAAUUCUAUGGAGUGCAGUUUGGAUUCUGGUACAGGUUUGUGAAGCUCCUGAGACUAGUGUGGAAAUUAGGAUCUGGGGUAGAGUCAAGCAGCUCCUUCAUAUGUUGCAGGAGUAGGUUUUCAGUCCUCAACAUUCCCUGUUUUAUGAAAGAGCAUCUUUGGCUUCCAUUUUUAACACUGCAACUGCAGCAGGGAGAAUCCAGUAUCUUCAUUUGUCAGAUGAACUGAGUCCUGAUGAGAUACAAGAAAAUACUUUCUCACUUCAAGCAGCUAGUUGUGCUGCAAUUACUGAACUAGUGCUCAAUGAGAAUAAUGCUUACUAGGUUGUACAGGCAAAUGCAAUAUAUACAAUAGCAAAGCUAAUUUUAUCAAACAAAGAAAGGAAUGCUGAAAAAGCCAGUUUAUUACAGGAGGAUGUAUUGAAGCAAAUUGCUGAAAGUACUGAGAACAUGAAUCAGAAUAAGGCACCCACAAAUCGUGUAGGCAAUGAUGCAAUUUUAGAGCACCUUGGCAGUGGAGCUUUUGGAAGUGGUUAUAGGUUAGAAAGCAUAAAUGGACAACAUCUCCUGGCAAUGAAAGAAGUCAAUUUACACAAUCCAGCAUUUGGAAAGCACAAAAAUGACAGAGAUAGCAGUGUAAAAAAUAUUGUCUCUGAAUUAGCCAUCAUCAAAGGGCAGGUGUUUCUUAUGAACUCUACUUAUCAUCCAAAUGUUGUAUGGUAUUACAGAACCUUCUUGAAAAAUGACAGGUUGUAUAUAGUGAUGGAUCUCAUGGAGGGGGUGCCAUUGGGAGACCAGUUUCACUAUUUCAAGAAAAAGCAACAACAGUUUACAGAAGAGGAAUAUGGCAUAUAUUUAUCUGAAAUCUUUGUGAAGCUCUUUCUGUUUGGUUUUUAACUUUGUCUAGCUCUUUGUUAUUUGCAUAAAGAGAAAAGGAUUGUUCAUUGAGAUCUCACUGUGAACAAUAUCAUGUUGGAGGAUAAAGACAAAGCUACAAUUACUGACUUUGGUCUUGCAAAAAGAAAGACAAUAAAUAUCAAAAUGUUCACAGUUGUAGGGACUUUAGUUUACAGAGUUCCUGAAGUUGUAAAGGGUGAGCUGUGUGGAGAGAAGGCUGAUGUCUGGGCUGCAGGAUGCAUCCUUGAACAGAUGGCCACUCUGGGCCCACCAGUUUACAGCACCAAUGUGCCCUCCUUGGCAACUGAGAUAGUAGGGGCUGUAUAUGAACCUGUGCCAGAAGGACUGUACUCUGAAAAUGUCUCAUUUACCAUUAAGAGAGAAUGUUCUUCCUGUGGCUGCUUGACUCCUGAUGCAGAGGCACGUCCAGACAUGUUAGAAACCACCUCACUUGUGCCUCAUGUGAUGAUGAAAUAUCUGGAAUUUUUAUUCACCUCUCAUCUCAUGCUGGAGAAGAAACUGGAUUGGGAGAGGAGACAAACCCAGUGGUACUUCAUGGAGGCCAAUUGAAAUGCAGUAACUUAUCACCAUCAACUUCCCAUUUUAUCACAAGUAUUUUCUCUGAAUGACAAUCAGAUAGACAUAGUGGACAAUUCAAGCAGCUCCAGUUCAAGUAAUUUGGAAGAGUCUGCUGUUGGUAUAAUUAAACAAAGUUUCAGUAUUUCUGAAAGACAGCCUCAGAUAAGCAAGAAUGUUUCCUCUUUUAUUUCUUCCUCUUUAUUGCCUAUUGAUUUGCUUUUAAGAGUACCUUCACUCACCCACAGGCCCCACACUAAGAAAAUCAAAUGUUUCUUCAUGAUGAGAUGGCAGUUUCAUAGUCUACCAGUUGUAGCUCUUUGCAAUGUGAAUCAUCAUGGUUUUAUUUAUAAUUCAUUGGCAGGAAUUGCUGUAUCACAAGGAAAGGUGCAUCAGAUCAGUGACCCUGUUCAGCAGAUUCUUGUUCAGCUGCACAAAAUUAUCUUCAGCACUAAACUUCCUCCAGCUUUGCAAUGCAACUUGGAAAGGAGUAUCGUUGAGAGAUUCAAGAAGUCCCUUUUCAGUCAGAAGAGCAAUCCUUGUAAACUGGAAUCAGAAAUCAAAAAGGUCUUGCAAUAUGCUGCUGAAUUGAUUGAACCCAAUAUCUUCACAACAGAUUGGCAUGGGGUACGUCUUUCUUCAGGUGGAAAUAUGCUGCUGCCAGAUGAUAGAAAAGGCAUUCUUGGCACUUCUGGCAUGGCAGAAGGGAUGACAUAUGAGCAGUUGCAGGUUCUAAUUGAAGAGGCUCUAGAGGAAAGUGGUUAUUACAGUUUCUCUUCUUACAGAGGAAUUAUCACCAUCUCUGAUGGGCUCGGCCUUGGCCAGAAGCAGUGCUGGAGCCAGUGGGCAUUGGCUCUGUCAGACCUGGGGGAGGCUUCUGGCAGCUUCUCACAGAAGCCGCUCCUGUAG